AUAUAUAUAUAUAUGGCAAGAUUUCCCGUCCCCCACACAAUUGACUUUGCAUAGCACUAGCAAUUGAGGAACCGGGCGAAUCCAACAACAUGGAGGGAGAUCUAGAGAGCCUGGCCAAGGUCACCCUUUCGGUGGCGGCCUCCAUGACCUACGUCCGCUUCGCCUCCUCCAAGAUCCGGCCGGGAAAGAUCCGCCUCUUAACCCUCCUCCCUGUGCUCCCCCUCCUCCUUUACCUCCCCUGGUGCUUCUCCUCCAUCCACCUCCGCGCCAUCUCCGCCUUCUUCCUUGCCUGGCUCGCCCUCUUCAAGCUCCUCCUCCUCGCCUUCGGCCUCGGCCCCCUCUCCCCCUCCCUCCCCCUCCUUCCCUUCCUCUCCUCCGCCUCCCUCCCCGUCAAACUCCUCUCCAGUUCCAAAUCCAAACCGAGUUCCUCUUUGUCCGGCCAUCGCCUCCUCUCCUCCGCCAUCAAGGCUUUACUCCUCGCCGCCCUCAUCAAGCUCUACCGCUACCGUGACGACUUCCAUCAAUACGUCCUGCUCUCGCUCUGCAGCUGCCACGUCUACCUCGCUCUCGACCUCGUCCUCGCCUCCGCCGCCGCCCCCGCCGCCAUCCUCGGCCUCGAGGUGGAGCCCCAGUUCGACGCCCCCUUCCGUGCCGUAUCCCUCCAGGACUUCUGGGGCCACCGCUGGAACCUCAUGGUCUCCGCUAUCCUCCGCCCCUCCGUAUACCAACCCGUCCGCGCCCCCUGCGGCACCGCCGCCGGCAUCCUCGCCACCUUCCUUGUCUCCGGCCUCAUGCACGAGGUCAUGGUCUACUACAUCAACUCGGCCGCGCCCACCGGGGAGAUGACGGCGUUCUUCGUCCUCCACGGCCUGUGCACGGUGUCGGAGGUGUGGGCCCGGAAGGCCGGGUUGUGGCGGCCGAAUCCCGUGGUGGCGGUGCCGAUCACCAUCGGUUUCGUCUCUGUCACGGCGUUCUGGCUAUUCUUCCCGCCUCUACUGAGGGGAGGAGAAUUCGAGCAGGUGCUGGCCGAGUGCGUGGCUGUGGUGGGAUUCCUGGAGGACGCCGGAAGCGCGCUGGUCGGCUGGAUCGGGUUGAUACGGAAUCGGACCGAACCGGCGGUACGGUGAUUUUGUUAUAAUUAUUAUUAUUUUCCUCGGUGUAGCCGCCUCUUGCCGAAUUGGACUCCGGCUGGAGGUGCUUGAAGACUUUUAAUUUUUUUCAGAGUAUUUAUGCACUAAAUUUUGAAAUAAAAUCAUGCUAUUUUAUUAUUUUCUGUUA